AUGCCUACCAUUCGCGGUGGCGUUGGGAGCUUUCUGCUUCGCCGCGCAGCCCCGAAGAGUAUCCGGCAGAAGUAUCAGACCGGCCCACAGUUCUACAAACGAAAGUUCUUCCACUUUCCCAAAGGCCAUCAUCGCCUACACCGUCGUAUUAGCGGAAUGCAGAUGGGAUCCCCAACUCACCAACGUGAACACGAACGAUUUAAUCAUCUUCCCGGAGAUGUUCGCACAAAGCCACAGUUUGAUUUUACAUUCGGUGAGAAACGGGCAGAUGGAGUACUGUACGCAUGGCGAAAGCGUGGUGAUUUACAGUUGUAUCAAGUAGGUGGAAAGACGGAAACUUUUGUGUGUUAUCGCUGCGGAUAUCCCGUGCGCAGUCAACUUGUAGCUAUUAAAGCGGAUAACUGGGAUUACCGCAUGUGUUAUCGCUGUUAUACAACUACGGUAAACCAGGGAAUGGAAAACGAUACGUGA